UGACCCCCCCGUGCACCCCCUUUCCCGGGCAGCCCUGCUGUGCUCCCCACUGACCCCUCCAUGCACCCCCUUUCCCAGGCAUCCCUGCCGCGCUUUCUGUGCACCCUCUGUGCAUCUCCCCAGCACAUACUCCCCGGUCCAUCCCUGCUGCGUGCUCCGUGCGCUCCCGGCCAUGAACGGCUCGGCGGCAGGCUCCGAGGAGGGCUGGCAGCCCGAGUCGGUGAUCAUCCCGCUGGUGUACCUCCUCAUCUUUCUCGUGGGCACGGUGGGCAACUGCCUGGUCCUGGCCGUGCUGCUGCGCAAUGGGCAGGUGAAGAACACCACCAACCUCUUCAUCCUCAACCUGGGGGUGGCCGACCUCUGCUUCAUCCUCUUCUGCGUCCCCUUCCAAGCCACCAUCUACACGCUGGAGGGCUGGGUAUUUGGGCCCUUCAUGUGCAAGGCUGUCCACUUCUUCAUCUACCUCACCAUGUAUGCCAGCAGCUUCACCCUGGCCACCGUCUCCCUCGACAGGUAUUUGGCCAUACGAUACCCCCUGCACUCAAGGGAGCUGAGGACGCCCAGGAAUGCCCUCAUGGCCAUCUGCUUCAUCUGGGGGCUUUCCUUCAUCUUCUCGGGCCCUUACCUCAGCUACUAUAAGGAGUUCCAGUUGGCCAACCUGACUGUCUGCCAUCCCAUCUGGGAGAUCUCCCAGCGCAAGGUCAUGGACAUCUGCACCUUCGUCUUCAGCUACAUCAUCCCAGUGCUGAUCCUGAGCCUCACUUACAUGCUGACUAUUCGCUACCUGUGGAGGUCUGUGGACCCUCUCCAAGAUAUGUCAGAGUCCAAGAAGGCCAAGCGGAAGGUCACCAGGAUGAUCAUCAUUGUAGCUGUCCUGUUCUGCCUCUGUUGGCUGCCCCAUCACCUGGUCAUCCUCUGUGUCUGGUUUGGGUACUUCCCCCUCAAUCACACUACAUAUGUGCUCCGCAUCCUCUCGCAUCUCCUCUCCUAUGCCAACUCCUGUGUGAACCCCAUCGUCUAUGCCCUGGUCUCCAAACAUUUCCGCCAGGGCUUCAAGAAGAUCUUCAUCUGCCUCUUGCACAAGAAGGCAGCCAACAAAGUGCACAUGGUCCAAGUGACAAACACCGUCAGCGCACUGGAGGCGGAGCUCAGCGAGGUGACCCACACCAGCGCAGCCCUGCCCAGCUGCUCCUCCGUGCGCUGCAAGGUCCCAGCCCAACCCUGGGGGGAGGCAGAGCUGGUGGGACAUCAGCAGAAGGCAGAUGGUGGCUCCAUCACCUUCAACAUCACCUAGCAGAGCUUCUUCCCACCCCAUGGCUUUGCAGUCUCCCAUAGCAUCGCAGGCCUGGGGACGGGCUACCUUUUGGGUUGAAAUGCUUCAAAUCGUACCCUUUUUCAUUCAAAUGCACCCAGAUAGCAUAACUGCAAUGCCGUGAGCUACAGACUCAACCAAGCAACUGACCCAGGAUCGAAGGGCAGGAAGGACUUACUUCCAUCAAGCACUGGCUGAGAGCAGAGAGAUCAAGCCACUAAAGCAUCUCUCAUGCGUCAUCACCUGUUCCUCUGUCAAGAUGGACUUACACCCUGUUGCAUCUAUGUCUGGAGCCUAUUGGAAAACUCUGGUCCCUCCAACCAACGCAGCGCCUGGCUGGAGUUAGCUGGGUGCACUUUUAGGGACAUCUGGGAAGCCUUGGGUUGUUCUGUGUCUCCAUUCAGGAGCUGUGUCCCAGGGCAGUGCUGGCCACAGCCAUGGGGGUGCAAGCUCAGCUCAGGUAGGAAAACGCAGGAGAAAAGCGUAGAAAUCAGGAGACAAACCUCCCUGGUGCAGCUGGUGCUGGCUGGGCUUUCCUGUCUCCCUGGGGCUUGUGGCUUGCGGGAGGUUUCCCCAAGAUGGAGCACCGCUGGAAGCAGCAUCCAUAGCUGAGACAAGUGCUGUGGCCCGAGUACGGGACUGCCAAGGGCAUGGGGCACCAUCCUGCGCUGCUGACUGUGGCUCGUGCUGCCGUUUUGGUGCGUGCGAGGCUUUGCAGAGCAUCCAGAUGUCACCAAGGCCUGGCGGGGAGGGAGACUAUUUGCCAGGGGACCACAGCCGUGACCUCACCGGAGAGGGUGUGCUGCCAGGGGAAGCAGAGCAGGACAUCAGCAGGUCAGUGCUGGGGGAGGAUUUAAAUGCUUCCAGACCGCUUGGGCAUGGCUCAGCAUCUCAGACCCGGCGAGGUGCCUGUGGAGGAGAGCAAAGCGGAGCACUGGCACCGCUUUCCUGCAGCUGCAGCAUGGGGCUGGACAGUCGGGGCUGUGCGAGUGCUGGGGGA